AACAUUCCCUUAAUCUCUUAGAUUCCUUAUGUUUGACACUAUUAACUCUCUAGGCGGGAGAUUUCCUUCCGAGUUUCUAGUAUUUAAAAAAGAAAAAUGCUAGGGGUACACCAAAGGCUCCAACCAAACACACCAUUAUUGAUUUAUUACGGAGGGUCUUCAUUUUGUCUCCUGAUUGGCUCAUCUGUGAUUCUGCAACUCGAUCAAGAGUCAUGUCUCUGAGAGGGGCAAAUGCAUCCUCUGGCAUGGGGGUUGCCGAACACAGCAAAAACACGUUCGCGGAACUGCAAAGAAAGAAAGUUUAUCGUUAUGUGGUUUUCAAGAUAGAUGAGAGAAAGAAGGAAGUUGUUGUUGAAAAAACUGGAGUUCCUGCUGAGAGCUAUGAGGAUUUUACUGCCUCGUUGCCCGAGAAUGCCGAUAUGCUGUCUAUGACUUUGAUUUUGUUACCUCAGAGAACUGCCAAAAGAGCAAAAUUUUCUUCAUUGCAUGGUCCCCCACAGGGUCGAGGAUCCGUUCUAAGAUGCUAUAUACGACAUCCAAGGACAGAUUCAGGAGAGAGCUUGACGGCGUGCACUAUGAGUUACAGGCCACUGAUCGUUCCGAGCUCGAUCUUGAGGUGCUCCGCAACCGUGCUAAUUGAACCAGUCUCUUUUCUACCUCUUGGGUGUCUCUUUUCUACCUUGGAUAUUGGUGAAAGGUAUCAAUAUAUGCUUGUUGAUCCAUUUAUGUAAAAUGAGUAAUAUUGCUUGAUCAUGCUUGUCAUACUGGUAUGGAGUAUCUUUCAGGUAUGGGAAUAGAGUGUCUUUGGUGAGCAAACAAGAGGUGAGCUUUGAUAUCUCCAGAUAUUAUAAUUCUUUUUGGGUGUUUGGUGAAGCAAAAAAAAAAAUAUGGAAUUCGA